AUGGCCACUUCCACCUCAUCCUCCCCUCCUCCUCUCCCCCUCGCACCGCCACCCCCACCCCCGCCCCGCCCGCGCCUCUCCUUCCCUCUCCCUCCGCCGCCUCCUACGCCUGCCACCACCGCCGCCCAUGGCCCCGUGCCCCGCCUACGCCUCCCGCCCCGCGGGGCCGACCCGCGCGCCGCGCACGCCGUCGCCGCCAAGUCCGGCGCCGCCGCCCUGUCGGACGCGCGCCUCGCCAACGCCGUCAUGUGCGGGUACCUCCGCGCGGGCCGCCUCGCCGACGCGCGGGAGGUCUUCGACCGGAUGCCCACCCGCGACGCCGCCUCAUACAGCGCGCUCAUCUCGGGCCACGCGCGGCUGGGGUCCCCCGUCUCCGCGGCCGAGUCCCUCUUCCGCCGCAUGCGCCUCGCGGAGCUCGCCCCCACGGAGUACACCUUCGUCGGCCUCCUCACCGCCUGCAUCCGCAGGGCCAACCCGCGGUUCGGGACCCAGGUCCACGCGCUCGCCGCCAAGCACCAACACCUCCUCGCCAACACGCUCCUCGUCGCCAACGCGCUCCUCGCCAUGUACGUCAAGUGCGGCCGCCUAGAGGACGCCCUGAACCUGUUCGACGGCAUGCAUGACCGCGACGCGUCCUCCUGGAACACGGUGCUCUCCGGCCUGGUAGAGCUGGGAAGGCACCAGGACGCGUUCGAGCUGUUCGCCGACAUGCGGAGGGGCGGUGUUGCGGCCGACCGGUUCACUCUGUCCGCGCUCCUGACAGCGGCCGCCGAGGGCCGCGGCCUGGCCCAGGGGCCAGCGGUGCACGCACUGUCUCUCAAGUCCGGCCUGGAGCUUGACCUGAGCGUCGGCAACGCGCUCAUUGGGUUCUACGCCGAGCAUGGCGAUUCUGUAGAGGACGUGGUUGGCGUGUUCCAGAGGAUGCCGGAGAAGGACGUAAUCUCGUGGACUGGGUUGCUCAACGGGUACAUGGAGUUCGGUUUGGUCGACAAGGCGAUGGGCGUGUUCGAUCGGAUGCCCGAGAAGAAUUUUGUUACGUACAAUGCGGUUCUGACCGGUUUUUGUCGGAACAAGGAAGGCGUCCGUGUCACGUUCGCUAAGAAGGCGGGGCUGCGUGGACUGGGGCUGUUUAGGCAGAUGCUGGAGAGUGGGUUGGAGAUGUCGGAUGUUACAGUGACCGGUGUCCUGAAUGCCUGUGCUAUUUCUGCGGAUAGGAAGAUGAGCGAGCAGGUUCACACGUUUGUCAUCAAGUGUGGCUGUGGUUCAAGUCCUUGGAUUGAUGCCGCGUUGAUAGACAUGUGCAUCAAGUGUGGCAGGUCUGGAGAUGCACGUCUGUUGUUUGAGAACUGGUGCCACCGGGAGAGCUUUCACGUUGCUUGGAACUCUUUGCUGCUUGCUAGCUUUAGAGACGGGGAGUAUGAAAAGGCAUUUUCUAUCUUCCUUCAAAUGUUUAGAAGCAGUGAUAUUCAGUUCAUUGACGAGUUCAUGUUGACUACUGUGCUUGGAGUUUGCGGUGCUUUAGGUUUUGCUGAACUUGGAAGGCAAAUGCAUUCGUUUGCUGCAAAAUCUGGCCUGUUGCGUGCUUGUGGAGUUGGUAAUUCAAUCAUCAGUAUGUAUGGCAAGUGCGGAGAAUUGGAAAAUGCAGCCAAUUUCUUUGAGCAAAUGCCUCAACGAGACCUUGUGUCUUGGAAUGCGCUCAUCACUGCUCAUCUUCUCCAUCGCGAGGGUGAUGAGGUAUUGAACAUAUGGUCUCAAAUGCAGAGAUUAGGCAUCAAACCAGAUUCCAUUACCUUUCUUCUCAUCAUAUCAGCUUGCAGUUACACCAGCUCAGAUUCUGCAGAUACAUGUAUGGAACUGUUUCGUUCUAUAUCAAGCAUGUACAACAUUGAACCUGCCAUGGAGCACUUUGCAGCAUCUGUAUAUGUCCUUGGCUGUUGGGGUCGUUUUGAUGAGGCAGAACAGUUUAUAGGCAGUAUGCCAUUCAAGCCUGGUGCAUUAGUUUGGCGAUCUUUGCUGGAAAGCUGUAGCAAGCGGUCCAACAUGACACUGCGGAGGCGAGCAAUGAAUCAUCUACUUGCACUGGAACCACACGACCCAUCCACAUAUGUUCUAGCAUCUAAUUUGUAUUCUGAAUCAGCAAAGUGGCAUUGUUCAGAGAGCACAAGGCUGGAGAUGCGUGAAAAGGGUAUCCAUAAGAUUCCAGCAAGGAGCUGGACCUUUCAUGACAACACUGUUCACUCAUUUUUCGCUCGAGAUAGAUCGCAUCCUCAGUCCAAGGACAUCUAUGCUGGUCUGGAUGUGCUAACCAUUGAGUGCAUGAAGGCUGGGUAUGAACCAGACACCACCUUUGUUCUACAUGAUGUUGAGGAAUACCAAAAGAGGCAUUUCCUAAUGUACCACAGUGCAAAGCUGGCUGCUACUUAUGGCCUUCUAAUGGCAGGCUCUAGGCAAGUCAUCCGUGUUGUGAAGAACAUCCGCAUGUGUGGUGACUGCCACUCGUUUCUGGAGCAUGCCUCUGCUGCUACUGGGAAGGAGAUUUCAGUCAGAGACUCGAGUGGGUUUCAUAUUUUCAGGGGAGGGAUUUGUUCUUGUAGAGAAUAGACUGGUAUCGGAUUCACCGGACCAAUUUUGACUUCUUUGAACUGUCUUUUGUAGCUCUGUAGAAACUAUAGAAGAUAUUCUUGUAUUGAGGUCCUGUACAUCGCUCGCUAUGAGUUUCUUCAGAAAUCAGUCACGCAGAACAACCUGAACUUUUGACAUCAUACAUGACAAGUAGGAGUAUUUUAUUUU